AUGACUGAAACUGACGAUAAAGGGCAGCCUAAUUUGUGGUUAUUCUUCUACCCUGCAUUGGGGCUACUGGGUUUGGCGCAAGCGGGGCAUAAAGUCACGCUGAGAGUAUUUCUUGAAGAUCAGUUUAGGCGGCGCCGGGUGGAAACAAAUGAUAAAGAGAGACGACGAUGCACCAAAUUCUGGUGGUUUCUGGUCUCCGUUGUGGCUGCCAUCUUCGCUCAGUUGGAGCCUUUAACUGGAUUUCCCUUCAAGACCCUCGCACUAGCUUUAAUCAGCGUGAUGAUGUUUUUCUUCAUAGUGUUCUUUUUGGGUUUCGAACAGUACCAUAACGGGGAGAUUGACAACGACGAGGCGCCACAUCAGGGUAUAACAUGGAGAAUGAUUAUCAUUCUCUUGCGGUUAUGGGUCUGUUUGUCCAGUUUAAGCCUGGUUUCUGCUUCUGGAAGCACCUUCUUCUUGUUAGAAGCUACCUCCCUCGUUGCUCACCACGACAAUCUAUUUGCUAUUCUCAUACUCGCUAAUCUGGUGAGGUGUGUGGAGAUCAUGGUCUCAGAAUUGUCCAGAUGGGCAACCAAACAGCUGGGAUUCAGAAUAUCGAUUGUGGAGCUGAUGAGAAUCGGCAUGGGCAUAGGGUGCUGCAUUCUGUGCUGCAACAUUGCUUCCAUAGCUGCGGACGACAGGGGUGGCGGUGUGAUGAGCGUGUAUUGGCUAAUUCCACAGUUCUUUUUACUAGGACUGGUAAGGGGAUUCGCUAAAGAUGGGUUUCAAUCGGUGUUUGAGUCGAAUGUUCAUCCUCCAUAUAAGAUACACGGCCGGUGUUUGGGAGCACUUACAACGGGGUUUGGAAGCUUAUUGAGUAUACUUUGCGUUUACAUCUUCGGUAUGAAGCAAUUCUACAUCUUCGGUAGCAAGCAGUUCCAAUGGUUUCAGUAUGACCUAGAGAAUAGUAGACUCAACAAGUACUAUAAUUUUCUGUCAAUUUUAAGUGUCUGGAACGGUUUCUUGUACGUUGAUCUUAUGAGGUCAUACGUAGGCACGUGGUUCCUAAUGGAAGACGCAGAAAUGCAAAAAGCGUACCUUGACCACAAACAAAAGAUGGGAUAA